UGCACCUCUCAGCGUCAUGCGCCGUUCAACCUGGCCAACCUACGUUCUCCCGAUACCAUACGUCGCAAACUCCAAUCCUGAUUCCUGCCUCGCAUCCAUCCCCCAAUAUACUCCCCACACGCCCGUAGAGGUCGCUGACGCGUCCCCGACAUGCGAGCACAUUGAGCUCCUCAAGGCGGGGCUCCUGGACACCAUCCACGCCUUCUACAUGAAGGCGCUCGCGAGGCUGCCUCGCGCCGCGCUCCGGCACCUUCUCCGCGGCGUCCUGGUCGCCGGCCACUGCUACGGCCCCAUGGACCCCGUGUCCAACAUCAUCGUCCACGCCGUCUGGUACAGCGUCGUGGCGCCCCCGCUGCGUUCCGAACGUUGCAGCGAGCCAGACAUCCUCGGCGUCGCGGCGCUGCUUCGUCUCGAGGUCCGCUCGCUCGAUGGCCUCCUCGCUAUCGUUCGCGCGGCCACCGGCUUCGGGGAGCACAGGGCCGUGGAGUAUCUCUGCGCCAGCCGAUGCGACAUCGCUGAUACGCUACUGCGUAGGGCGGCGCCGGAGACACGUGGCGGAGCUCUGCGUCUUGCAAGCGAGGCCGCCAAGCACCCCCUGGAAGAGCACCAUUCGUCAUUCCUUGCAUCCUUGGCUUCAUCAGACGAUAACACGUCAUUGCUGGACAUUUUGACCUCGCUGCUACGCCCGACAGAAGCAGAUCUGCUUUCCGAUGAAACCAUUACACAGUUACGCGGUAUUUUGGGAGACCGGUACAGCUCCGUCAUCCCAGUACCAACACAAAAUCAUGAGGCCGACUUAGAUAGUCUUCAAUCAAAGAAGCAGUCGUUGGAGAAGAGGCAGAGUUUCCUACGAAAGGAGCUGCAAGAACUGCUCCACUGCUACGCCGAUCAGCAUCCAUGGGAACCACUAUAUAAGCUACAAACUAUAUGUGGCUUCGAGAAAGGUAGGGAUCAUAUAUAUUGUGGUUGCUAUCACAUCAAUUUCCUGGCUGUUGUAUCCGAUGGAAGCGCACCAAACGCCCCACAAAUGUUGUUCUUUGCUCAAGUUUGGGAGCCGGAAUUUCGUAGCAUGGCUCCUCAUUAUCUCGGUGGACCUCGAAGAUUUUCUAGCAUGGGUGUUGCUCCUAAUUACAAGGACAGCGAAUCAGAAGUAUGUUUCUGCUUCCCUCUGCCCUACUACAACACAAACGACGCAUAUCUUGGACGAUGCGGCAUUUGCGAGAGCGGCAUAAGUAAGAUUGUGCAUCCGCCUUUUGGUUUGCACAGUGGGGCGGUGUAUACAAAUUUUGGAAGUACACGACGUGCUACAAGUUCAAAAGAAUUAUCUUCUCGUGCGGACGGCAUCAUAGAUUCAGAGUUGAUCUACUGUGAUGACCCAACGGAUUGUCAUUUCGCAAAGGUCCAAAACGACCGUGCGGACGGCAUCAUAGAUUGUCGGUUUCCAUGUUUUUCAUGAGAUCGGGACUGUCCAUACGAUGCUAUCCUGUAACGAAGAUGCAGAUUUCAGCGAAGAUAUCAUUUGUGCAAAUGUUUUUGCCCUAGGGUUUUUAUUCAAGUUCGAGAUGAAACUCAAGCAUGCGGUUUUCAAAUUAGUU